CUCCUGAUUGGCUGAGAGUGUGAGCCUCCUCCUGAUUGGCUGAGCGGUUGUCAGGACUGUUUACAGGAAACAUGGCUUCCAGGUCUGUUGGAGAGCUGCAGGAGAUGGAAGUGGACCGAAGGGGUGAGUCUGAGGAGUCUGGUGAUGAUGAGACCAGGAGGAGGAGUAUCAAUGGCAACGUGGACCCCAAUCAGCCUGCUGCCACAAGUAAAGAAGAGUCUCCCGUUGACAUGGACACCAUAACCUUGGACCCAGACGAAGAGGAUGUUGAUCUUGUUCAUUGUCGCAUCGGAAAGAUUGAAGGAUUGGAGGUGCUACGGAAGGCCAAAACGCUUUCCUUACGACAGAAUCUCAUUAAAAAGAUAGAGAACCUUGAGAGUUUGAGCACACUGCGGGAACUAGAUCUCUAUGACAAUCAGGUCCGCAAACUGGAGAACCUGAACAACCUCACAGAGAUGGAGCAGCUCGAUGUGUCCUUCAAUAUGCUGAGGAAGGUGGAGGGUUUGGAGCACAUGACUCUGCUGAAGAAACUUUUUCUGCUUCACAACAAAAUUGGCAGCAUUACCAACCUGGAACACCUCACAGGCCUGGACAUGCUGGAGCUGGGCUCCAAUCGCAUCCGGGUCAUAGAGAACCUGGAUACACUUUCAUCUUUGCAAAGUUUGUUUCUUGGCACCAAUAAAAUAACUACGCUUCAGAAUCUGGAGGGUUUACACAACCUGACUGUUUUAAGCAUUCAGAGUAACCGGAUUACUAAAAUUGAGGGUUUACAGAAUCUCGUCAGCCUGAGAGAGCUCUACCUGAGCCACAACGGCAUUGAGGUCAUUGAGGGUUUGGAAAACAAUAAAAAGCUCACAACCCUGGACAUUGCAGCCAAUCGAGUGAAGAAAAUUGAAAACAUCAACCAUCUGACAGACCUGCAGGAGUUCUGGAUGAACGAUAAUCAGAUAGAGAACUGGUCAGAUCUCGACGAGUUGAAGAAUGCCAAGUCUCUGGAGACGGUCUACCUUGAAAGAAACCCUCUACAGAAGGAUCCACAGUACCGGCGAAAGAUCAUGCUGGCGCUGCCCAGCGUACGCCAGAUCGACGCCACUUUCAUCCGCUUCUAAACCGCAGUGUGAAAUUCACCUGCCAACUUCACAGUGUUCUCCCUCACCGCCCUGCCCGCCCUCCCUACCGAACAAAGUUAAUUUUGAAACACGCCGGCCUCACUGAAUCACAUAGUCACUCCGUACACAAAUAUACAUUCCAACAUUCACUCUCACCCACGGCUCACUCAACAUACAUGUAUGCAUGUAUGCACUCAUUCACACCUAGAUCUAUGCUAUCGUGUGGAAGCUUAUUUAUUUAUUAAGCUGGAUAUGAACUGUGAAAAGGAUUUCAAAAAAGUACCCUACAUUACGCCCAUUUCCUCAUUUUUCCUCUACACCUAUUUACUACAUUUUAUUGUUUUGCAUGUGGAAUACAGUAUGGAUCAGAAAAAUAAGAUAUCAGUCUUAUUUAUCAGGUUGAAAUUGCACUGCUAUCAUAUGAGAGGAAAGGGGGGCAUUCUUACUAUUUGAGGGGUUUUAUUCCAUUCGGUUUGACAGGAUGAGACUGUUCUCACAACGCACACAAGAACAAUUAAAUAUCAACAUUAAAGGGAAAGUCCAUAAUAAAAUAUAAUUUGCAUAAUUGAAUCUUCAGAAUACUUAUCUUUUGAUUUCAACACACUUCAGAGCUGAACAAAUUUUACAGCCACAGAAACAUCUCAGAUUAAGCCUAAUAUGCCGCAGUGACACCACGCAGAUUCAAGCCAGUUCAGUAAAGCUUGCAUCUGCCUCUUUAAGGAAAACAGCAGAAACUGAUGAAUCAUUUUAAUAAACUGGUAUCAUUACUGAUGAAGGGCAAAUCUUGAUGUCCAUCAGCCUUGUCUAUGCCUUGUCCUUGUCCAGAUAUUUCACAGCCCAUUUUCUGAUUAAUAAGACUGACCUCUGCAUUAAAAUAUAGCUCAUGAGAAUGUAAAAAUCAUUUAAUGUGUCCAUACAGAUGGUUUUGUAAUCCCCCUUUUUUUUAAAAACCUUGAGUACAUCCCUGACUAUAGCUUUGGUUCUCUUUUGAAAUUAUUCAUACAUUUUAUUUGAACUGAUAACAGUAAAAUAUAGAUUGUUUUUUAAGUGAAUUAACUCACGAAUGGCAGGACUGGUUUCACAUAAGUGUUGUUAACUAAUGUAAGACAAAUUAUUCUGUUAACAAUUUUUAGAACACAUUUUGAGGUUUAAAAUUUUCAGAUCUUUAAAUGACACUACAGUGAUACAUUCUGUAAUAUUCUCAUUUGGCCUUCAGUAUUGCUUAAAAAUAGAUAAUCGUGUAUAUUUAUGUUUGCCGUAGGAUUUCUUAGAUCAAGAACUAAGAUGAACAAAAACAGAAUGACCUGUUCUUAUGGUCCCCUGUGUAUAUAAUGCUUGAGUGCACUUGAUUGAUUUCCGGGUUACAAUUAAAAAGUGAUGCAUCUUU